AUUCUGGACCGAAGGACGGAUAAGAAUUGUGAUACUGGGCGUUUCGAGGUGAUCUAUAAGCAGCAGCUGCCGCCGAAGACGAUCUUCAACGGUGUUGAUCUGACGGUAUCGGGAACCCGAAUGAGCUCCGUCACCUCUGCUGAGAGCUCGCAGCCAACAACACGAGCUCCCAGCGUACGUCGGCAGCAGACUCCGUCGACCAACUUCACGGAGCCGCGAUCAGUGGAGUCUGCGAGUCCUUUUACGGGGACCGUGCUCGAAGGAAAGACACCCAUACCUCCCGUUGUGGGUCAACGUACACCACAAAAAUAUACCAACUCCCCAUCACUAAGGAUCACAGGUACUUCUACAGCUUACCAGAAGGCAGCUACCGGAAUACAGGAACGAAUACACAUGUCAGGAGAAUCUACGGCAGCUCAUCGGUCUUCACAACCUUCAGCUUCUUUGCACCGCGAAUCAACCGCUUCCGAGGAUCACCUGAAGAGCUGGGGUGUUGGUAGUGGUUCAAGCGAACCACGGAAGUCGGGAGGUCUGUCUAGGGACAAGACCGUCGCUCAGCCUAAACUGAUGGCCACCUACGCCAGAUCGACCUCCCGGGAUGAGAAACGAGUCCUGCCGAGGAAUGUCAGCUGCCCGCCCAAGUGCCCUGUAACUGGGGCAGGGCAAGCCGGAGACAGCAAUGAGAGGUCAGUGGCACGGGUCCACGUGGCAUCAAGGCUGCAACCCGUGAUACCACCCAGCACUGGUUACCGCUCUCCGGCUGGCAUAGAACUUCGAGUUCCAAAAACGGAAAACUUGAUGCGCUCCAUCGUCGACUUCCACAAGACAAAAUACCAACGAGCCGGUGAGUCCGACAGCCCGGUUCUUUGUCUUCAUAACUCAAAUGCUAAUAAUUCCGAAAGCCCUAGCUCGAAGGAGCCGGAAAAAAAAACGUCAAAUCAAAAGCCUGUUGUUUGCAGUAGAGAAAGUUGUGAAGAUAUUGUUGAUUCAGAUUCUCUACACCAGGAUCUGACCUCCAUGGGCUUUGCUGUCCUCAAGAGUCCGCUACAGUCAGUUACGUGUGUCAAAACCGCUAGUAGUAGGAAGAAACUGCCAAAGACUCUGCCAAUAUCAAAGCAACCACAACCUAGAAAGUUCGACAACUCGUCGCCAAAGUCGUACAAAAUCUUGAAGAUGCGCCCUCAAGCGGUGGCUGGUGAAAUUUCGACCAUCCGAACGGCUGUUCGACUUCGGGCUAAGUGA